GUGUGUGUGUGUGUGUGUGUGUGACUGAGCGCUCAGCUGCAAAUUUGCGCAGCUCCACCUUUUCCAUUUACUCGCAUGUGAAGUAGAAAAGGUUGUUGAUUUCAGCUCCAUUUCAUCACCACACCUGUGGAGGUGUAUUCAGGUGGCUGGUCGGCAGGUCGAAUGUGUUCUCAUGGAAGGCGUCAAGAAGAAAACGCAAAAAGUUUUGCAAUAGUUUAAUUUGUUUUCUCCUAUUGAAAGAAAGCAACAGUUUCUCUGGAUUUGAAGAACGUUUUUUUUUUGUAUUUGUUUAAAAGUAUUUUUCACCAUGGGGGAUGUAAUUUCUACUCACCUGGACGAAGGAAGGCGACAAACAAUUACAGCUCACACAAGGAAGGUGAUGACUGAGUUCGGGGAGGUGUAUGAACAGCAGUAUGCAGUGGCUCUUUUUAACAGUGUACGCUUCGAGAUCGAGGGAGGAGGGAACGUGCAGUCCCAGCUCUUACACCGCAAGGAUCCACUUCAGGACAAGUCGAUCUUCUCUGGAGAUCUAUUUCAGUAUUUGGAUGAGAAUAAGAAAUGGAGAAACCGCUUUGUUUACGUGGCCAACUCCUACAGCAUCAGCUUCUAUGACAGCAGACUGGCCUAUGAAAGAGGCCUCCAUCCCAGAGGAAUCAUUAAUUGUGCUGGAUACAAAGUCUUGACCUCUUUGGAUGAGUACUUGGUCCUGCUGAACAGCUGCUUGCCUGACAUAAAGGCGAAAGCAGAAAGUUCCCCAUUUCUGAAACUUGCCUCCAACUUUCUGCUGAUCUUGUGGCACCCCUACACUCGACAUCACUUCUUUACUGUAAGGACUGAGAAAGAACAGGUUAAAUGGUUUGCCGUUUUCCAGGAUUGCAUCAGGCACGCCAACAAUGGUCUAUCAGAGGAGAACAAGGUGCUCACGCCAGCAUUCACCGAUUCCCUGCGACUGUACAGACAAGCCAAAGGCCACUACGGCACAUGGGACAUGAUGUGUGGGGAUUCAUCACAGAUUCUAGCCAACCUGGUGAUGGAGACACUGUGUCCGGAACUCAGGGACCAAAUAGGGCCUCGGCUAAAGGGCAAGCUGCAGCAGAGACAAAGGAACUGGAUGCUGAUCUCGGAUGCAGCAUACAGGCAGGUGCUCUCUCAGACGCGAACACAGCAUGAGGCGAUGGUGCAGGCCUGCGAGGUAGAGCGGCCCCGUCUAGACUCAACCCUACGCACAAACAUGGAUCAGAUCGUUUCCUCCAAAGAGCAUGUUACUACAAGGAUGCGUGCACGAGUGCUUGCACGUGCAGAGCAGGUCCUAAGGAGCAACGUGCAGCCUUACAUCACCUCUAUCCUGGAAGCUUUGAUGUACCCGGUGAGCCAGGGAUUCUCCGAGGUCAGAGAGGUUUUCUCCCGUGAGCUGGAGGAAAUCAGCAAGAACACUGUCAAUGAUGGAGGCAAGGAGGUGCUCGGAAAGCAUAUGGAGAAGGUCUCCAUGUUGGCCUUUCACCCAGUGAAAAUGCAGAGCUGCUAUGAGAAAAUGGAGCAGCUAAACCUGGAGGGCCUGCAGCAGAGAUUCGACGUGUCUAGCCCUUCGGUGUUCAUUCAAAGAGCUCAGAUCCUCAUGCGAGAGCAAAUGGACAAUGCCGUGUACACUUUCGAGCAGCUACUGCACCAGAAAAUGGAGGAACAGUCAGGAGAGGAGCUGAUUAAAUCCAUCCAUCGCUGCCAGGACCGAGUACUAAAGAAAUACGACUAUGACAGCAGCACCGUUCGUAAGAAGUUCUUUAGAGAAGCCCUGCUGCAGAUCAUCAUCCCGUACAUGCUGAAACAGAUCCAUCCCGUCUAUGCUCCUGAACUGCCCAAGUUCAAAGAGCUCAUCUUCGAGGAUUUCUCCCGCUUCAUAUUAGUGGAGAAUAUUUUCGAAGAGGUCGUCCUUCAGUCAGUCACUAAAGACAUCAUGAUGGCUGUGAAGGAGGCGGCCAAUCAGAGAAGGCACAACCUGUACAGGGACAGCAUCAUCCUGACCAACAGUGACCCAAACCUCCACCUGCUGGACGAGAACUCCGUCGACUGGACCAGCCAUUACAGAGAAGGAGGGGAGAGCCGGAACACAAAACGCAGACAGGUCGUAUCCAUGAUCAUUGAAGAGGGCAUGGGGCAGAUACCUUACGGCUCCUGUCUGGAGGUACCUGGUGUGGAAGAGAUUCCAGAGGAGACUGAAACGCAGAUGGUUGAAGACUUUGAAGAAGACUCGGUUUUCAGUGAAGAUCUCCAAAAGCAGCCAAUCAUUCACGUAGCGCCAAAAUCCCUGGACGAGCCAAGCUCACCGGACGACGUCCAGCAGAUCCGUCAGCUCAUCAAACCAGUGCUUGAAGUGGUUCUUCCUACAGCAGAGAACACUAAACCAGUGCUGACCAACGGAAUUCUGCCUCUGGAGGAAGGCGAGGAGAUAGAGGCCAUCACCACAGUAAAGGAAACGAUUCCAAAGGACUCUGCUAUCGCCAGUGCCAUUCAGGAGCUGGAGAACGCCGUUCAGGAUGAAGAAUGCAACAUGGACUCUGACGUUGAACUCCCUCAAGCGUCUAUCGAUUCCAGUCCUCGGCAUUAUGACGACAGCGGAUUUCAGUCUCCGACCAACGAGCACGGAGAGGAAGAGCGUCAUCGGCCGAUCGCUGCGGAGAUGAAGGGUGAAGGCGAGCCAGUGGAUCCUGAGCUGGUGAUGGUGAUGUUGGAGCAGGAAGAUGAAGAGUCCGAAGAUGGUUCACAGGCCAAAGACUAAAAAGUGGAAAUGACGGAAGAUUUCGAACCUAACAUUUAAUCCAGGACUGCUCUUUUUUUUUUCUUCUUUUUUUUAAAUACAGAAGGUUUGCAGCAAAAUAAUUAUAUUUCAGCAAGUGAACAU